CUUCUGAAAUUUUCAUCUUCGAACCCAUUUCCCUCGCAGUUUUCCGCCAUAUUUUUCCCUUAGCACCAAUUCUCCGUCUUUUUUCUCCAUCUGUGUUCUACUGAUCUUCAGAAGGUUAAAUUGCUGCAAUCUUCGAACUGAAUGGAGUGCAAUAAAGAUGAGGCCAUCAGAGCCAAGGAAGUUGCUGAGAAGAAGAUGCAAAAUGAUGAUUUUGAGGGAGCUGAAAGAAUUGCGAAGAAAGCUCUGCUGCUCUUCCCAGCACUAGACAACAUAUCACAGAUGCUUGCUGUCUGUGAUGUUCACAUAUGUGCUGGAAGAAAAAUCAAUGGGACCGAGAUGGACUGUUAUGGAAUCCUUCAGGUUGGGAAACUAGCUGAUGAGUUAACUAUUAAGAAACAAUAUCGAAGACUUGCACUCAUACUUCAUCCUGAUAAGAACAAGUUUCCAGGCGCAGAAGCUGCUUUUAAGAUGAUAGGCGAAGCAAAUAGAGUUCUUUCAGACAAAGGAAAACGCUCUUUAUAUGAUAGUAAGUGUAGUAGAUUAUCAGUCAGAACUAUCCCAACAAAGUCAAAGCCACCACCCAGUAAGCCAAGCAUUAUUCCUUGGAAUUCUCUGCAAGCGUUCUGGACUAGCUGCCCUUUCUGUUAUACAAGAUUUCAGUAUCCCAGGAGUGUUAUGAACAAAACUCUAAGAUGUCAAUCAUGUUUGCAGUCUUUUAUGGCUAUUGAGUUAGAUUCACAAGCUAUACCUACUUCUUAUACAAAAGUUCCAGAUAUGGCUUCCAAAAUUUUUCCUGUGUUUCACAAAGGAUCUGCAAGAACUUCUACAGAUGCAAAUGGUGGAGCAUCAGCACCCGAGGGAGCUACUCAGGUUGGAGGGGAUAUGAGAGAUAAAGAAAAAAUUAAUCAUAUGAAAUCACAAGAAAAAGCUGAAGGUUCUGGAACCCAAUGCAAGAAAAGGAAGAGAAACAGUGAGGAUAGUGCAGAAGAAGGUAAUUGUUCUAGUACACAAAAGUCUGAAAUUAAAGAUCCUUUUAAUAUGAGGAAAUCCACUAGACUAAAUGAAACACUUGGAGAUGAUAAAAAAGAGAACGGUUCAGAUGAUGUCAGCUCUAGGGAGAAAUUCAAGCCACAAAACGGAAUUUCAUCUUCUUCCCACGGGAGCUUCCCUGAAAGAAGCUCUGAAGGUCGACAACAUGAAGAAGCAUGUAAAGAGGGGACAUCCAUCAGUAAAGAUGCUGCUACGGACUUUAAGAUCAUCGGGGAUCCAGAGUUCUACAAUUUUAAUAAAGAUAGAGAAAAAAAGUGUUUUCUUAUUAAUCAAUUGUGGGCAUGUUAUGGAAAAGAAGAUAAGAUGCCUAGGUUCUAUGUGGUUAUCAGGAAAGUAUACUCGUCUGAAUUCAAGUUAAGAAUUACUUGGCUGGAACCUCACCUGGAAGGCCAAAGGAAGAAGUUCAAUUUAUUAAAAGACUUACCUAUUUCUGCAGGCAAGUUUAAGCUUGGAAACACACAAGAAACUACCGAUCUUUCUACUUUCUCUCAUCCGGUCCACUUCGAAAAAGGUACUAGUCGAGGUUCUUACAUGAUAUACCCUAGAAAGGGAGAAACGUGGGCCAUCUUCAAGAAUAGGAAAAUGAGCUUGAGUUCCGAAUUUGAAAUCGUUGAAAUAGUGUCGAACCUUGUAGUUGGUGUUGGCAUUCAAGUUGCUCUUCUGGGUAAAGUCAAAGGGUUUAUCAGCCUGUUUAAGAAGAAAACCAAGCAAAAUGGAUCGGUUAUUUUUCCAAUAAGCGAUCUACUUGACUUUUCUCACCGAAUUCCUUCGUUCAGGUUGACUGGUAACGAAAGAGAAGGUGUCCCCAAAGGGUAUCUUGAACUCGAUCCUGCUGCAGUGCCUAAUGACAUUGAGUAUUGCGAACUCGAACCUAACGGUUUACAUCCUAAUCCUGAGAAGUUGCAACAACCGAGGAAGAAUCUGCAAAGCUCCCCUAGAAAAGUCAACUCUACAGAUGACAAACACAACAAAACCGAAGAACAUAUAAUACCCAACUCUGAAGACAAAAACUUUAUUGAUCUAACUGCAUCGUCGAGUCAUGCCAAAAACACUAAGUUUGUUUCACCAGCAAGUAAAAUCUUACAAGAAUUUUACAACUUCGGAUCAGACAAGUCUGAAGUAAGCUUCCAUCCUGAUCAAAUCUGGGCAAUGUACGCCGCAGAUGGCCUGCCUAAGAAAUAUGCUCAAAUUAAGAAAAUUCAAUCAACUCCAUUUCGGAUAUUCGUGUUGAUGCUUGAAACUGACUUUCCACGCAGUGAGAAUGUCUGUGGAACAUUCAAAGUCAGUACCGGAAAACCCAAGCCAUUUUCUCCAUCCGCCUUUUCUCAUGUUGUAAAAGCAGAAGUUCAUGGAAAUAGCCUAAUUGACAUUUACCCUAAAGCAGGACAGGUUUGGAUGCUAGACAAGAAUUGGGACGAAACUUUUCGCAUGGAAAAUUGCAACUAUGAAAUUGCUGAAGUUCUUGAAAGCAAUAAUGAACAGUUUAUUAAGAUUUCACUUUUGCUUCAUCUGAAGGGUUCGAAAACAAUUUUUAAGGGGGCUAGAGGACGGAGCAUGAGCAGUUGUAUUGUGGAAAUACCGUGGAAAGAAGUAGGGAGAUUCUGUUACCAGAUUCCUUGUUUCAAGUUCACGACCGAAAGGAAUGGGAUGUUGAGAGGUUGUUGGGAGCUAGAUCCUGCUGCCAUGCCGAAAAAAUUUCAACCUUUGGAAUAGAGAUAUGCAAUUCAGGCAUGGUUUUAAAGUUAUACUAGUAUUUGCAUCUUCUUUUGUAACAAACCAACCAAGCCAAUGUAGGAUUUCUUGCUGCAGUUUGUUUUGUGGAAUUUUAAAUAUAUGUUUCUGGCUGGGUAAUUUAUAUCUGUCAGGAAACAUAUGUUUAAUUUCUCAUACUGGUUUUAUUUUAAUAGUAGGUUUGACAUUAUAGUUUGUUCAUUGAACUUAAAAUCUCUG